AUGGGUCGCACGGGAAACACCGGAAGACACAGGGCCAUCAAGAAGGAAGGAGAGAGGGAAAGUGGAAAGCAAAGUAAGGAGGAUCAAGAGGGGGUCCUUGUGCCUGAGAAUAAAGGAGAGAACAGGCUGAGUGAGAGAAAAAAGGGCGCUGGGGAGGCGCCGGGAAGCGGCCAGGCAGGAACUCGGCUGCGGUUACCUCGGCCCAGGGCCGGCCAAGCGCUCCUCGGAGUCUUGAGGGCAGCCAGUCCCCCAAAGGCGGGGGCACCGAGGGCGGCGCCCCCGGACCCAGUAUCUCCAGCGGACACCCAGCGACACCGGGGACAGAAAACACCCAAAGCUCCCACCCUGCCCCCCACAGACUCCGAACCCGCGGGAACUAUGCUCAGGAAAAAGCAGCGACCAGGUCUCCAGGUAUCCCUAACUCAGAGUCCAAGUUUCCUGAGGAAGCUCUCGGGAACCGGGGCAGUUGAAUUCAAUAAGACAGUGCCAGCCCGACGGGGCCCAGCCAGGACCUACUCAGCAGCAAGGCAUUUCCCCUUUUCUCUCUGCUCUGCUCAAAUUUGGCGAAUUAAAAGUAGGAACGAGGCAUUACAGGAAUUGGAAGAUUGGAAAGUAGUAAAAAGCUCAAUAACACUGUGUUGGAGAAGAUGUGACAAAACAGCCACUCAUACGUUGUUUGCAGUAAGGAGAAAGCUCAAGAAGCUGGUACCUGUGGUUGCUGCUGGGAGAGGAACCAGGAGCCUGGGGGUGAGGAAUGGGAGGAAAGCUCACCAUUCAGUAUCAUGUAAUCACAUGACCUAAAAAUGAUGACUUCAGGAAUAUAACCAAGAAAAGGGGAAAUAAAUCAGCUACAGAGAAGGCACUGGGCAAAACUUGUAAAGAGUUAUACAGUUCAUCUGAACUUUUACUUAAGUACACAGAACUGUAGUUUCUUCAUUGAUACCUUGGGAUCUCACAGAGCCUGCUGCACAUAAAUAAAACUUACCUGCCUUAAUGAGAGCCUCAUUACUUUUAAUUGUACUUUUAAUU